GUGCUACCAAAGACAUGGGGAAGAUGCUGGGUGGGGAUGAAGAAAAAGACCCAGAUGCUGCUAAGAAAGAAGAGGAACGACAGGAGGCCCUCAGGCAAGAAGAGGAAGAGAGGAAAGCCAAAUAUGCCAAGAUGGAGGCUGAAAGAGAAGUUAUGAGACAAGGGAUUCGAGACAAGUAUGGGAUAAAGAAGAAGGAAGAGAAGGAAGCAGAGGCCCAGGCUGCACUGGAAGCUAAUGCUGAAGGAAGCCUGACACGCCCAAAGAAGGCAAUCCCUCCUGGUUGUGGGGAUGAAGAGGAGGAGGAGGAAGAGAGCAUUCUAGACACAGUCAUCAAAUACCUACCAGGGCCCCUGCAAGACAUGUUCAAGAAGUAA